UAAUCCCAAUGCUACAAAUCACAGGGCCAGGCCAUCCGGCUCCACACACGCUCCUGUGACUCCCAGCAGCGGCCAACAUCUUCCUUCCCCAGAGGGUACUAAGCUGCUCUAAACAACUGAAGAAAUGGCCGUUGUAAGUGGAACGUUCCGCAUGGUGUCGGAGGAGGAGCAGGCUCUCAGAGCCAAGUUGGAGCGCCUCACGGUCAAGGACCACGGCCCUGUGUUUGGUCCCUGCGCCAAGUUGCCUGACCACACUGUGCAGAAGGCCAAGGAUGAGCUGAAUGAGACUGAUGAAAAGCGUGUGUCGGCGGUCAAGGAGCUGAGGGGAAUUAUGAAGGAGAAAGCAGAUAAUGGGGACGACCUGGCCAAGGGGGUUAUGGAAACAUUUGGGGAGAAGCCUGAUGCUGUGCUGAUUCGCUUCAUCCGCGCCAGGAAGUUUGAGGUGUCCAGAGCCUUUGAGCUCAUGAAGGGUUACGUCCGCUUCAGGAGGGACUACCCUGAGCUGUUUGAGAACCUGACCCCAGAGGCGGUCCGCAGCACAAUCGAGGCCGGCUAUCCAGGCAUCCUAUCCAGCAGAGACAAGUAUGGCCGCAUCGUGCUGCUCUUUAACAUUGAGAACUGGGACUAUGAAGAGAUCACCUUUGAUGAGAUCCUGCGCGCCUACUGUGUAAUCCUGGAAAAGCUGCUGGAGAACGAGGAGACUCAGAUCAACGGUUUCUGCAUCAUCGAGAACUUCAAGGGCUUCACCAUGCAGCAGGCCUCCGGAAUCAAACCUACUGAGCUCAAGAAGAUGGUGGACAUGUUGCAGGAUUCCUUCCCUGCCCGUUUUAAGGCGGUACACUUUAUCCACCAGCCAUGGUAUUUCACCACCACCUACAAUGUGGUCAAGCCAUUUCUGAAGGGCAAGCUGUUGGAGAGAGUGUUUGUCCACGGAGACGAGCUGGAAAACUACUACAAGGAGUUUGAUGCCGACAUCCUGCCCACCGAGUUCGAUGGCAAAAACUCCAACUACGACGGCAAAGCCAUAGCAGCACAUCUGUUUGACUGAACACCCUCUCCUCCACCACUUCCCCAACCAGAUUGGGACCUCCCCCCAACAUACUGUAGAGAAAGAUAAGAAAAAACUAAAAAAGAAACUAGGUGUGGAAUUAAAAAAUAAUGUUAAAAUGGGGUGUUUCCCAGUGGUUAUUAAUGACACCCAACAGAGAAAUCCCAAUAGUACAGAAGGUUUGGUUCAGGCUUAACCCUGGUUACUUAACAGUCCUAAACAUUGUGCUGGAUGUGCUUUGUGUAACCAUUUGUACCCACAUGGCUUUUUAGUCAAACUGGGCAGGAUCCAUUUUCUUUCCAGCUCCAUUUCUCUCAAAGUGGUACUUGGCCAUGAAUUGAACAGGUUGCUAUCUGUUGUUUCUGUGUUUGUUUUGUGACUGCUUGGACAUAAACAGUUCUUUCUGAUUGGUGCAGAGGCAUCAACAUGUUGCCCCUUCAUGUACAAUAAAUUGUAUAUAAAGAAAGCUUGAGAAUG